AUGGUGUUUGGUUCUCACGACUCCGACCCCGAUCGAAAUUUGGAUGAUUCGGCCUUGGGGCUAUUUGCAUCUCACGACUUCGACUCUGCAGUGCCGUUAUUUAUGUCGGAAGCAAACAGCGCACGACUUGAGCAGACCGAGUCGAUCGCUGAUGGUGAUUAUCCAGUCGGAUUUCCUCUCGUGGCAGUAGAUGACAAUUUUCAAGACUACCCCGAUCGAGAGCAUAGCUGGGCCAGCUUUGGACUCUCGCUUGAUAGGCAAUCUGACUGGAUUGGCUACUCUCCCGAUCCCGAUCCACAAAUCUGGUGGCCCGAAAUGAUUCAUUCGUCUGAUACUGGGGUAGAACCCGUCUUGGAGGAACUCACCCCAUGGAUCCCUUCAUCGGCGUCAUCGGCGUCAUAUUUCUCAGACUCUCCUCAUUCAUCCGUCGGGUGGUAUCAUGAUACCAGCAGCUCCGGGAUCCAGAAAAGGAAAGCCACUCGUGCCAUGGAGCCAGUGAAUGGGACUAUCCCAUCUGAAUGCAUGAGACAAAUCAACCUUCUGCCAAGUCCGAGCAAUGUAAAUGUCCAUAAAGAUAAUCCCGCGCCCGACAUCACCAUUGGUUAUCCUGGGGAUCAGACAUGUCAUUCACAGCCCCAGAGAGACCAUUCUGAGUAA